AUGACCUCUCCAACCAGAGAAAUUUCCCGGAAAUCGUCUGUUGCGCGUUCGUACCCAAGUGAACUGGGCACUGUUCUGGAGGAACAAGCGGAUGACGAAACGGACCAAACUUCUGCGAUAAAUCGUUCGAUUAAUGAGCAGCAGGCCCAAAACGACACUUCCUCUAGUUUUGACGGGAGCGAAGCCAUGGCAAGCUUGCAAUCGAGUCCAAGUCAACGAGAAAUCAUGAAGACGAAGAUCAAAUAUCACUACAUGAAUCCUAUUCAGAAAUUUCGGGCCAGACGGAGAAAGCCAUGGAAGUUGGUCGUUCAGAUCGUGAAAGUAUUUCUUGUUACCAUCCAGGUAAGAUUCAGUGGGUGAAAUUAUUGUACAGGGCAAACUUUCUACGUUUUUAUCCAUAAAUAUAAGUGGCUAGCCUCAUUAUUGGGAAACGAGUGGAGGACGGGCCUUGACAUUGCCAGUUUCUACAACACUGCAAGUGUCAAGUGAAUCAUAACAGUGAAGAAAUAUGUCCAAAAAUUAUCGCCCGUUACCCGCUUUCAGCCGAAGAACAAAAUGAAAAUACAAAGAAGAGUCGUUGGUACGCGUUGUUGCAUUAUUUGACAGAGAUAUUUUAAAAGCCUGUUUUACUGAUACAAUCUAUACUGUGAACGCGAAGUGAAGUAAAAUAUUUUGUUGUCUUAUCGUGAAUCUCGGACAGAGAAAAAGCUGAAUGCCUGUGUGGAAUUGAAUUUCUGAUCCUCAGAUUUCGCGGCUAACUGUAAUUUGCGAAACGAAACGAAACGAAAUAAAAAUCUGUAAUUUGCGAAAUGGAAGUAUGCUAGUGAUUCGCAAAGUAGAAAUUUCUAUUGUGCAAAUCAUAGGCAUAAUUCUAUUUCGCAAAUUACGGAUUUCUGUUUUGCAAAUCAUUAGCAUAUUUUCAUUUAGCAAAAUCUGGAAUUUUAUUCCGAGACUCAAGAAAAUAAAAGAGCUCGAGUCAGUUACAUUUUCCCAGCAAACAUGAUAUUUCAUCUAGAAACACGCUGCGACACUUUCCAUGUGCAUUUACGGUUAAGUAAGUGUCGUGUCACGCAUUCGAAUCAUUCAUCGACAACGCACAUUGAUUGCACCUUAUAGACAGUAAAGCUACAGCGUCAAAUAACAUUUCAAAUUACUUUUGCACUCUGUGGCCUAAACGACGCAUUUGAGUUAUUCACGAACGUAGUGGAGAUUUCGCAAAGUUCAUCACGUAGAUUUUGCAAAUCAUUAGCAUAUUCCAUUUCGCAAAUUACAGAUUUUCGUUUCGUUUCGUUUCGUUUGGCAAAUUACAGUGAUCCGCUUUCGCAACAUAAAGCCCCACCACUGAGUUGUAUAGUACCCCACGACGAAGUAGGCCAUUAUUUGUGAGUAAAAGUGUUAGUUUCUAAGGAAGCUGUGAUUCUGCAUCACUGGGGGUAUUACAAGAAUUGCUAAUUUUAGAUUCCCUUGUGAUUCCAAAAAAAACAUAAAUUAAAAGUGAAACCUCUUUCUUUCUAUGGUAAAUUUUCAAGUUUGAAUGAUGGAGGAAAAUGAAAUUUUUAUUUUGAAAAUAAAGAAAAUUCAUUUGUGGAAGCAUGCAACCAAAAAAGUAACAAAUUGAAUGAUAAAAUGAAUUAUUCUCAAGAAAUGUCCACAAUACUCAUAAACAUAUUCAAACUGAUAGAGCAAUCCUUUAACCUGUUUAUUUUGAGGUGAUCUUUAGGCAGUAUUGAUAGGUAUUACAGGUGGCGAAUUUCACAGUUUUCCACCAGAUGUAAGUUUGAUUAAGAUUUGUUUGUGCAUAAUACAUGGACUUUGCAUAUUUGAUUACAGAUAUGUUUAUUUGGACUGGAUCGUUUUUCUUUGGUUACAUUCCUGGAGCAUAACCACGUUGCUUUGCGACACCUGUUUCUAAAAGACUAUCAGGGAAAACAGCAAGAUGUUAUUGUGUACACAAGGAAAGAACUUUAUGAUUAUCUUCACUAUGCUCAUGAACAGGUAUACAUUUUGUAACAUCAGUUAAACAUAAGUACUUUUCUAAUAAAAAUCUUUGGUACUGUGUUAGGUGGUAUUACAAGAGAAUUUGGUUUUACCAACUAAGUUGAUUAAUUAAAAUUGGCUACUGCAGAGAGUUUCUAUUAAGCUGAUGUUUCAAGCCUCAGCCCAUCAGCCUUCACUCUGGCAAAGGGCUAAGGAUUGAAAUGUCAGCUUUAGAAACUCUUUGUGGCUGCCAAUUUGCAUAGAAAAUUUUUCUGAAUUUUUCAUUGAGAGAUGGGCAAAGGCUGCAUAGUCACCCAAAGGGAGAGGGUGUUAACCCUUAAAUUUCCAAGAUCUCAUAAGUAAUUCUCCUUAUUGUUUGCCAAAUGAUUCUCAUUAUGUUAGUUUGGAGAAUUUGUUAUCGGAUUAAUUAGUAAUCCCAUAAUUGAUAUUUUUCUUUAUUCUCAUCACUUGUCUGCAUGAUAUUGUAUAGAUGUAGUAAAGAGAAAUUCUGCCUUGGACACUCAUGGAAGUUAAAGGGUUAAGGAUGCCAAAUGAUUCUACUGUAUAUAUGUACUCCUAGGGUGGUUGGGUGAGGGUGUUCAAGAUUCCAAAUCAUUUUCUUGUAUACCCCUAUGGUGAAGCAAGACACUGUAGGAGACUGUUGUGUUAUGUGUCAACUAAUUCAAAGUUUCAACAUCCCCCCUGGUAACCCCUGGGCAACCCCACAGGCAUUUAAACUUUUGUAAAUUGGUGCCCAAGGGGCAUAAUUCAUGGUCAAAUGCCUAACCCAUUUUUUUCUUCGUAAAAGGCAAGAUCAGCAGCAGUGACUCUCUACACAUUGACCAAGCUUUAAAAGUUUGACCCUGUAGACCUCUUCCUCUGAGACAUUCACUCACUAAAGAGAAAGAUUUACCUUAAGCACCUACAUAAUUUAAGAUAUAACACUUGUAUUCCACUGGAGAGACUUGACACUUCCAUCUCAAAUUUCCCACCCCAAUGAAUUCAUAGUCAAGAAGAACCAAAUGCAAUGAUUAUCAGGUCAAACUGUGGCAUUUCGAUCUGUGCCCAGUUGCUCAGAAGGUGGAUAAUACAAAAAAUGGAUAAAUUGCUAUCCAGCUGACAAGUGUGAGAAAAACAUAUUGCAUUUUUCACUUGAUAGGGCUUUAUUUGGUAGAUAGCGUUAUCCAACCUUCAAACACCCAGGGCCUGAUUAGUCAACCAAGCUAACCAGGCUACAUUGAAUAAGGGUGCCUUGUGUCCUACAGUAAGGCAGUGUAGCCCAUGAUUAUUGAUUAUAAGAUUGAAACAUGUAGGUAAAGCAACAGCACUAAUCUUGAUUUACUUCAAUCUUUUUUAGUUUUGUUUUGCUUUUUGUUUAAUUUUCAGUAUUAUCAAAUCACUACAGCCCCUCUUGGAACAUAUAACUACACACAUAUGAAUGGCACUGAACCUCCAAAAGUACAACUAUGUUACAGCUACUACAAAAAUGGAGGAAUUGAAAACAACACAUAUGUAUUCAAUCCCAACAUAACAAAUGGUGAGUCACUGAUUCUGUACUGACGAUCAUGUAAAUUGAGAAUUUCUUUGGGAGUUAAAGCACUGUCUUGCAGAUCAAUAUGACCACUUCAUCCGAAACUGAGAGGUGUAUUUUUUUGUACGUACAUGUAACGCAAUUGUUUGUAUUGAGCAUUACUAUGUCAAAAUUCUUGCCUUUUCAAACUCUGCUGAUUGAACUUGCAAUUAGUUUGUUUGUUGUUUGGAAUAAUGGUUGCCACAAAAUUAACUCCCAUGAGCAACCAAUAUAGAAUUUCUCCUUACAAUAUCAAUACAACAUCAAGCAGGUAGGUGAUGAGAAUCAAGAAAACUAUUAAUUUGAGGAUUAUUAGUUGAUCCAAUACCAAAUUCUCUGAACUAAGAUCACAAGAACUAUGUGGCAGACAGUAAGGAGAAUUACUAAUGAUAUCUGGGGAGCAGAUAGAAGUUAGUCAUUUAGAACUAAAUAGUAUGGUAUUAUAUGACCUUUGUUUGUUUGGAAUAAUUAAUGGCCGCCUAAAUUCUAUUAUGUCAAUUAAAUUUCAACUUUCAGUCUUUAUUUAUUAUGAUGUCCUUUUCUUUGGUAGUGUGCUUUUAUCUGGGACGUCCUAUAAACCAUGAGCACAUUAUUACAAACAAGUCCUUCAAUCUGGGAAGGUAGGAAGCAUUUUUAUUACCAACAUUUACUUUCAAACAGUAGCUGAGGGGCAAAAGAUUGUUAUGUAGAGAUUACUGAUACUAUUAAAUUAAAGCUAAUAGCAUAUGAAUACAGCAAGGAAUCAAAUUAAAUUGGGAUCAGUUUGUAGAGGGGCUGAGAAUAUGAAUCCCCACUCUCCCUGCCAAUUUUCUUUUAUAGAUAUGUUAGAUAAAAAUAGAUAUUAGAUAGUUAAUCAAAAUGUUUAAAUUCCACAGCCUCCUAAGGCUGCAUUGCAUGGAAUUUGCCAAGAGUUAAAGUUAUAUAUACAUGUAUGAAAUAACAAUUUUAUAUUCAAUGUAAAAUGACUGUACAGAAAAAAAAUACUUCAUGAAAGUUUUACCAACUGGACAUGGAUGGAAUACAUGUGCUCAUAUAAUGAUUAAUGCACAUUUUUGGCAACAUUAAAUGGAGCUGGUUUCUAAAAUUGUUUCUGCUAAUGUCCUUGGGUGGUAGCAGAUGUUGGAGUUUAUGUGCAAUAUUACACUGUGGAUACAACUGAGUCAAAAAGAGUAUAACACUGUUCUUGGCGCCUGUCUUUCAAAGAUCUGAUGUUAUGCAAUGCUAGAUUGUGAUGUAAUGAAAGGCCACGAGAAAUUGCAAAAAGCGCAGGCCUCUGAACAUACUCUAGGUCUUUCCUUAAGUGAGCAGGAAAUGCAUGGUGGAAUAAGUGUGUGCAAUACUCUAACACUAGCCUAAUGUAGGUAAGACAGAAGCAGAUCAUAUAAUGAGCUGGAACAUUUUCUUGCUUUAGGAAGAUCAAGAAAAUUAUGCGCUUAUUAGCCUUUUUGAUUACCUCAGAGUUCAAUUCCAUCGAAGGGUAUUAGAUAUGGUUACCUCAAAUAUUUUGGCUUGGGCAGGUGGGCAGAUGGGCAGACCCUUUAUAUCUACCUGUAUCCCAGAUAAAGCAACCCCUUAAAGAUAAUCAGGAGACAACAGUAAGGUUUGAUUCCUCAUAUGGACAUGUCCCUUGCUCAUGAGAAGGCAAAAACAUCUUUCUCUAUUUCUUUAGCGAGCUUAAAACAUACAGUCUUUCUAAUUCUAUUUACAAAACAUGACAAUAUCAAAAUUGCUGAUCCUAGCAGUAUGCAAGACACAUGUCAUAUUUGAACUUCAUAAUGAGCCUUGCUCAGCAUAGAGUCUCUUUGGCUGACAGUGGUAGAGGAUGGGAGCACAGAAACUGAAGGUCUGAGGUGUGUUCUUCAUGGGGACUCAGAACUUUUUCUUUGUCCCAGUUGACAAGACAAAAAACAUCUUUCUCAAAACAGUUAUUUUAAUUUUUAAUUAUAAGUACCAACUUCAUGCAGGCCACUUAACAGCUUGUUGCUGUUCAAAUAAGAACAUCAUAUUGUUCAAUUGAAUUAGGUUACGUCACAUCAGCUUGAAAUUUUCCUUGAGGACAGUGAAUUUGAAGAAUGUCAAAGCCUGGGAUAAGCCAGCCUGUUAUCAACUGAGUGUAAUGGUGAGUUGGAAACUGAAUUUGAAGUAAAAGGGAAGGAAUAAUAUGAAAAAAAACAGAACCUAAGAAAAAAAAUUGACUUUACUUUGUUGUGCUUCCUAUUUUGGACAGUGAAUUAAGUGUGAACAAAUCUUUUGAAUUUCUCCAAGUCAGAGCAGUUAUCUAAUUUUAGUUUUGAAUUCAUCAUUAGUUUUGCCAACUAGGGCCUUACUGCACUUGCAGACAAAACUAAAAUUGUCCUGACAAAUUCAAAGGACAAAUUUUGUCUUGACAAAUUUCUGUUUUAUUUGUAGCAUCAGCAUUAAAAAUUUCAAAGCUGACAAAUUCUGUCAGUGCCUGAUCUGUACAUUAAAGACCAGCCAGCAUAGUUUGCCAAAAAAUUUCAACUCCAAUUUCUAGGAUUCAUCUUAAGUCAUUUUAAAGUUUUAGAAUCCCCGAUAUUUAUAACACAAGACAAUUAUUGCCUUUCUAGUAAAAUCAUUUCAGUUUUAAUUAUUAAAUGUUGGUUGUAGCUUUUAUGAGAAAUGAUUGACGGUUCAUCUCGGUUUUUUUAGUAAUUCAAUUUUAUCCAUUUUUUACCCACCACAAAUUUUAUCAACAUGUAUUGCAUUAUUUUGAAGAUUUGCCAACAUUUGUCAAGUUGCAACAAACCAUCAGCACUUGUAAUAUGGUGGUGAUGACGAAAAAUUUUUCUAAAUAAACAACUUUUUUGCCAGUGCAGGGAGGUCCCCUGUCUUUAAAAUUGAGUUAGUAGUGUAUUGCAUCUAAUUAAGUUCACUGACACGUGUUAGUUAAUUUGCUCAGGUCUUUUACAUCAAAUGAUUAAAUUCAAAAGAAGCUUACAGUAGCAUUAGAUUACCAGAACUCCAUGGACACCGUAUCCCUGGCUAACCACUGUUUAACCCUUAACACCCUAAAAUCAGUAUGGAUAUUCUCCAUAGCACUCUUUAUAGAUUCCUAAACAUGCUGACAAGGAGAAUUUGUUUAACAAUCAAGAGUUUCUCUAGUUGGUUCCCUAAUGUUUGAUUCAGGGUGAUAUUGUAAGGAGAGAAAAGCUGCAUGUAGUAACCCUCGGGGUUUAAAGGGUUUUAUAAAAAAAACGUUGAUCAUCUGCAACUUAAAACAAAAAAGUCUUCAGUAUUAGUGCAGCCAUACCACUUUCACUAUAAAUUAUACAUUCUGCUGGAAUUUUCUGAAUAUGCUUGUAUAUUGGACAAAAAAACGGCAUUACAUAGCAAUCAUGAAUUAUGAUUGAUACCUGACUUAGUUUUGUGACUUCUAAAGACUGACUGACAGAAGGAAUUGUUAUUGUCAUUUUUAGAUUACAUUUGAUAAUGUGAAGUAUGAUGGAAGAAUGCCAGUUGACCUUGAUAUGAACAACACUUGGUUGCGGUGCCAGCAUGGAAAAAUUAAGGGCCAGAACCUCUUAAGUAAGUUUCACCUUAAAAAAAAAAAACUUUAGUUGUCAAAUGAAGUGACAUGAUUUUCUCAUGCUGUUCUACUUAUUGAAGGUAAGAAAGAAAAGGUGGGACAGGUUCAUAAGAUUGUCCUGUGGUAAAAAAUAAUGAUAUUACUUGUACAUUAACAUGUAAUUGGAGGCAGAUCCAGGAUUUUUCUUAGGAAGGGGUAACUUGUAAUGAAUGAUGAAGCUGACAGGUGAUGCAAACAAGUUAUUUUUGCCACAAUUGGCAGUUAUGUUGCAAUCUGAUUGACCAAUUUGCUGUUGUUAAUAAGGGUACAGACAACCCUGCUUGCAUCAACAUGUCACAAUCUUGGUCAUGCACUGAGUUGUGGUAAAAAACAAAUCCACAGUGGUUAGUGUGGUCUGUACCUGCACUCUUUGUAACAAUGAUAUUCCUCAUCACAGUGGUCAAAAUUUGUUGAAUUUGUUCUCAUGAAUCCGUAACAUUUUGACUACUGUGGUGACAAAUAUCCCUGUCAGUAGGAGAACAGACCAUGCUAAACCACUUUCGAUUUGUUAAAUUUAUAAGUUUUCAAUACUUUACUUUUUCAGGAACCCACUUCAUCACUGUUACCUUGGUGAUGUUUGAUGUCAUUGUUAUCUCCUUCUGCGCUCUGUCUCUUAUGCUAUGCACAAGAUCAAUUUACAAAUCUCUUAAGUUGGCCAAGGUUAUAUAUACACUUUACCACUAUUAUACUGAUCAAAUCAUAUUGAGUCAAUGGAACACACAGAGCGUGUACAUGUAUAAGAAAGUGUAUUUCUUUUUCAAGAGAGCAAGAUCUGAAGAAAGAUAUUGUUAAUUCUUGCAUAAAGAUACAUACUGUGGGUGACAAGGAGAGUACAUGUGGAUAUAGAGAGAGUGGGAUAGAGACAGGAAGGAGGAUGGUCAUAUAUUUUUACUGGUAUGCAAGGUUGGUAGGGAGUGGAGAAGGUGAUGAAAAUGAGAGGAAAGUGAGGUAGUGAAAUGGGAAGAAAAAGAGAGGAGGUUGGGAAUGAGUGAGCAACAAAGGGUUGAGGUAGCAAACAGGGAGGAGCAUGGUAAAUUGGAAAGAGUCAAUAAAGGAAGAAGAGACAGGGAGGAAGGGGAAAUGAAAGUAAUUAGAUGAGAUAGGGAGGACAGGAGGGAAGGUAACUGAGGAAGGGGGGCUGGGAAGAGGUGAAGAGGACUUGAAAAUAGGAAAGAGAGCGUUGGAUGGGCAAUAGAGUUGAGUGAACAGAAGGGAAAGGAAAUGGAGAGAGAGUGGUAAGUGUUGACAAUUUAGGUAAGUAUGGAGGAAGAGGACAACUCAGAGUUGAGGUUGGAACUGGGAGAUUCAGAAGGGAACAGACACAAGGUUGCAUAGAAGGGAAAAGGUGAAAAGGAUGAAGAGUUGUUGAUAAAUUAGACAGGUAGGCAAGGGGUGAUGGAGAGUUGAGGGUGGAGAGGAGAGAGUAGGGAGAAGGAUAGGAAAGACAGUGAGAUGUGUUAGGGGGUGAGGUGUUAGGGUUGGUAGACACUCUAAGGAGGAAGCUAAGGAGGGUAAAAUUUUUGAAAAUUCAAAAAGUGAUAGAAAAGUCACACCAAGGAAAGUGAGCUAUGGAGCUGUUUCACUUUUUUUAUGCUAUCAACACUACACUCUAAGCUAACUCCUCAUUAGGGUUAGAAAACUGAUCAAUAUUAAACCUUAGUGAGUGUGCAUGUAAUUGCCCACAACACUUUGCUUUUCCUGUGUCGCACAUAAAAAUUAAUCCAUAACUUUGCAUCCAUCAGCAUUUUUAAUGCUUUUCUAUUUAUUUUUUUUUUUUAUGACGGAAGGAGGCUGCCAGCUUUUUCAAGAGUGAUCUUCAUCAAGACUUCACCUUCUCUGAUUACCAGGAGUUUGUUAGUCUAUGGUUUAUUGUUAUCAUGUCUAGCGAUGUCCUCACAAUUGUUGGCUCAGUAUACAAAAUGGCCAUUGAUCAAAAGGUGAUCUCAGAUCAAAAUGCUAUCUCUCCUUUUAGAGUUUCCUUUACUCACAUCCAGAGAGUUGAGAAGAAUAGAAACAUGAAUCACAACCGAAUACUUCUCAAAGGCAGUAAUUUACUGCAAAGCUUUUUCUGAUAGGAAUCUUCUUGAUUUCUUCUGCUAACCUGCAAGCAGGCCUCAUUAUUAGUGCUUCAGCUUGUACAAUAUGAGCAGGCAAGAGGUCUGCAAAGGGUCUGGGACUGAUAAUGAGUGGUGAUUAGUACCAGACCCCAGACAAUUCUCUUCCUGAUUUGUCUCAAAACCUCUCGUUGGCAGAGAAAUGUGCAUCAUGCAAUGCUAAUGUGUGUCAUGUGUUGUUAUUGACUCUUAGCCUGCAUGUUGGACACAAGCCAGAAAAAAUAUGGGUUGAACACAUUAAGUCAAAAUUUUUUCGGCACACCUUGCCACAUAAAGCAUACAUACAUGUACUACAUGUCAAAUGGGUCAACAACUGAAAAGAUAAGUUUGUUGGUUCAGAAUAUUUUCUGAGAAUUUUGCCUAUUCACUUGUCUUCUGAGUGCCUGACUUACUGUUGUAUUUCUGGUCAUACCCAGACUCAUGGAACAGGGGCCAGUUUAUGUCAUUAGUAAACUUUGAGAUAAGAAAUUCUUGGAAGUGCUAUUGAGAAAACUCGACUUAUGUUUCCUUUUCAAGAGGUACACUUAUUUUAAAAUGGGAAUGUUCUGACUGUCUUUCAGGAUAGUGAUUUCUAUAAUGUCAGCAGUAUAUUUCUGGGAACGGCAGUUCUUUUGGUCUGGAUUGGUCUUCUUCGAUUCCUUGGCUACUCAAAGAAAUACAACGUAAUGUGCUUAAAUUUUUUAACUCCCUACGAUAAAAAUAAUGAUAGUACAGGUUUUUGACUGCUGCAAUGUCAAAAUUGUUCUUUAUAUUUCUGUCACAAUUUUAAUUCUGAACUUCUACAUCCUUUUGGCUUAAUGUCCUAAUAUGAUGUUAAUACUGAUUAAAAAAAAAUAAUCAUAAUAAUAAUGAAGAUAGUGGCAAUAUGAAAAUAAAGAACAUUAAAAAAAGUGAUAAUGGAAUUGGCAACAACCUUAGAUUUUUUUAGCUCACUUGGUAGAGCACUGCACCUGUGUUGCAGAGUUCACAGGUUCAACUCCUGUACAGGCCUGAAUUUUUCACAGGCUUGAUUUUUACUAUUGCUAAAAUAAGUAGUAUUCAUUACUGUGAAGAUCACUCUUAUCUUCAUUUUUAAUAUGCAGUUGAAAUAUAUUGUAUUCAUGUAUUUGCAGUCAUUCUUGAGUAUUUUGGCUCAGAAUUGAGCGUUCUGUUUAAUUAGUUGACAAAAUAAUGCCACAUUUCUCUGCUCAGGAUAAUAAUUUCUGGGGAUAUUUCUGCAGAUUCUUUUAGAGACUCUGAAGGCGGCGACUCCAAGUAUGGCCAGAUUCUUCAUAUGUGUGAUUCUGAUAUUUGCUGGUUUCAUGUUUUGCGGCUGGAUUGCCUUUGGUCCUUUCCAUCCUAAGGUAAACUUCAAGGACGAAUUUUAGCCAUUUUAUCUUGCAUUCGUUCACUUGCCCUCUUAUUUGACAAAGACCCUCACAGCCUAUUAUUUUUAACACUUGAUGCAAUUGUAGUAUUAUUUUGGUAUUUGGUAAUGCUUUGUUAUGGUAUAGUUAAGUUGACGUGAUUCUUUGCGGUCCAUUUUUUCUUUCUUUACUCUGUAUUUCAGUAUUAAAUCGAACACAAGAUUAUUUUCAGUUCUUCGGCAAACAAACCUUAAUUAAAACUCUGACUCCUGAUAGAAAAGUCUGAGUUAAAAAUCUGGUCAGCCAGCAAGAAGGCAUUCUUUAUCAGCACUAGCCUUGUACCUUCCAUAAUUAAUUUUGGUAGAGCGAGUAGUAAGAAUUCGAUAUUUCUUAACAAAAAUUAUGGCCGCCAUCUUUGAUUUUAAUAGCACCGAGGGGGCGGUCGACAGUCAAAAAUAAGGAGAGGGUGGAGGUGGGGCGGAGGAAGAUUUCUUUUUGCCCUUGCCCCACCCCCUACCCCACCGUCCAUUCGAACUCCAAGUCAAACACGGCCCGUAGGAUAAACGAUCGCUAGCUUAUAACGUUAGCUCGCACUUAAAAGACACCUGCAGUGCAGGCUAUAUCAGCGCUGCACGAGUGUUUCUUUGCCUGCAGAAAGUAUGAGCCUUUGCGCGAACCAAGCUGGCGAGAGGUGUGAAAGAGUGUAGCACAUCUUCAACCGAACGUCAGUAUGCGCAUUCUCCAUCCUGUUAUUUAUACAUUUCUUAAGGUAAUGAAACGGAGAAUAUGUGGAACAAUCAAGAGGUUCUUUAGUGGGUGAUCAUUUCCUUUAAUGUGUGAUUCAAGAAUGAAAUUGUAAGGAGAAAUUAGAAACUCCUGAGGUAAAGGGUUAAGGCUCCAAGAUUUAACUUUUCAUGCCUUCAUGUUUCAUUCCAGUUUAAAUCGCUCGUCAUAACUGCAGAGUGUUUAUAUUCAAUGAUCAAUGGAGAUGAUCUUUAUAAUACUUAUGCGGAGAUAUCAAGAUCCACUAGCCCUUUCAGUGUGUGGAUAUUCAGCAAGAUCUACAUCUACACCUUCAUCACGCUCUUCAUUUAUGUGGUAUUGAGUUUAUUCAUUGGUAUCAUUGGGGAUACAUAUGAGAGACUAAAGGUAUGUAGAAUUCGAACUUUUGCUCUUCCUUCACGCUGUUGAAAUGUUACAUCUGGCAAGAUCAAACGUGUUGUAUUUAUUCUCUAUCUUUGGUUUUCACAAGGUAGAUUCGAGAAUAUUUUUAAGCAGAGACAUUAAAUGAUCCUUUGGUGGACUGCAAUUCAAACAAUCGCCAAAAAGAAGCCGAAAAAGGGGCUUCGACAGGAUUCGAACCCAGGCCUCCCAGAUACUAGUUGGACGCGACUACCAACUGAGCAAGAAAUCCACACGUUAGGAGCGAGGCAUAUUUUAGAGGGUUAUUAUUUUCUGUAAAGGAAUCUGAUCACACUUUAUUUAAUGAAAUAAAUUUUAUUUGACCUGCGGAUGAAAAUUGAACCAAAGAAAUGAUCAUCCCAGAAGGACUACAAUUUAAGCAAUCGCAGUAACAAAUUGAUUUCAUUCAAAAUUUGGAAACAUUUUUGUUGCAUGCGUCAGGAUAUGGGGCAUCUGCCAGAAACGAAGAUCCAAAAGUUUCUACAUGAACCAGUCAACGUUGGCAGAUCAGUUCAUAGUGGCCAAGAUUACACAACAGAUACGACGCCUACAACAGAAGCCAUGGCCGCUCCCCCGCAAAGGGAAAGAACGAGUCGUUAUGGGUAAGAGCCGAUUGUGCAUUGCAUUGGUUUGGUUUUCUUAGAUCAAUUAGCUUAGAUAAAUUUUCAAUAUACCAGUUUGUCAAAUUAUGUAGUGAUAUCGUGUGGAGAAGUUAUGUAAAGUCCACUUGCCAACGUCUUCUUUAUCUUUUGAUUUCUCUUUAACAAUCCAGGAGCACUUGUUCAACCAGUGCAGUGGAUGCUUUCAUAAGGAAUUUCUCCCUAGAUUCAACGGGAGUCGAGUGAAUAAUUCAACUAGUCCUGCAACGAAAUAUCGUCAACUUAAAAACUUACUGCGUCGAGCGCAGAGCAAAAAGAGACUGUAGAAGCUGUGGAAGAGAAAAUGUCUUCGCACUCCUGAUCAAUGCAGAUACAUUUUUACUAUGUGAAAGUUGCUAAACUGGAACGUUGCAAAUGGAAAACAAUACCAAAGUUUAAAUUUUGAAAUUUCAGCCUGGAACGUUAAACCUCAGCAUAAUUCUCUGAGGAACUCUCUUUAGAGUUUUGCAUCUAAUCAGUGAAUCCCUAAGCUUUUUAAACUUCAAGUAGCAAAUUGAUGGUUAUUUUGAGAAGCUGCUGGGUUCAACUGGGUGACAAUAUUUUACAUUAACAGAUUUAAUUAAUUAGAUUUUAUAUCAGUAAAUGUAAUGAAGCUCGAAAAAGGGCCGAAACUCGUAAGCUUCUGGAGGAAGAUUUAUCUCAAAAGCAAGGGUAAUUUUGAUGUUAAAUGUUAUCAUUGAACAACUUAUCGUGAAUAUUUUGUGCAUAUUUCUGCGCAACACACCUAUGUAAAAUAUUAAUUUCGUCUUUGUAAUUUUAUAGACAAUAAAAUUAACAAAAACUAUAUUUAAGUGAAAGAUGAAGCUUGUUACAACUUUUAUUAAGAAAUGAAUAAAAG